AUGGCCCACCCCCAGGGCCCGGCAGAUGACAGCCAACCCAUGGGGGACCCCAGCCCCCAUGAGGGCACCCCAGGGCCCAGCAGGGCCCCCACCAGCCCGGCAGCCGCCAGACGGGCACUCCUCCGGGAGCUCGAAGCUGAGGUGCAGGCAGCCUACGGGCAGGACCGGGAACUGCGGCCAGAGGAGAUUGAAGAGCUGCAGGCCGCCUUCCAGGAGUUUGACCGAGACCGUGACGGCUACAUCGGCCAGCGGGAGCUGGGCGCCUGCAUGCGCACGCUGGGCUACAUGCCCACCGAGAUGGAGCUCAUCGAGAUUUCACAGCAGAUCAGUGGCGGGAAGGUGGACUUUGAAGACUUCGUGGAGCUGAUGGGCCCCAAGCUGCUGGCAGAGACGGCUGACAUGAUCGGCGUCAGGGAGCUGCGGGACGCCUUCCGGGAGUUCGACACCAACAGGGACGGCCGCAUCAGCUCGGGGGAGCUCCGGGCGGCCCUCAAGGCCCUGUUGGGGGAGCGGCUCAGCCAGCGCGAGGUGGACGAGAUCCUCCAAGACAUUGACCUCAAUGGGGACGGCCUGGUUGACUUCGAAGAGUUUGUGCGGAUGAUGUCUCGCUGAGCCUGCACAGCCACUCUGUGGCUGGGACGUGGGGACCACAGCUGCUAGAAGUCCCUGGAAGUCAUCAUCUGCAGGGGGAUCCCCUGCCCUCCACCUCUGCCUGAGUGCACUGCCCCUCACCCCGACUCCUACACCCCUCCAAGCUCCCUUGACCAUCUCCCUUUCUCUGACAAU